AUGUCCUCCAACCAGGUCCCUCCCACCCCAACUCUCUCAGAAAAGCAUUCCGGUAUCCCCUCCCGACUCUACGAAAAGGCCCAAUAUGCGAAAUCCUUGAUUCUAGACAUUGCGACGAAAGAGCAAAAUGAUAGAAAGAGAGGAGUUGCCAUACCGGCUGGUGUUGAGAAAAAUACAUACAUGAAAGCCAUUGACGAACUGUCUGAGCAAUUGGGCAAGGAGAAUGUGGAAUUGAAUGACCAGCCGUUGAAGGAUGGGUGGUAUAUGGAGCACCCCAACACCCACGAUGCCAUGCACGUCUUGGAUGAGGAGGAAUUUAUCGCGUCCGCUGUUGUCUAUCCGGGCAGCACCGAAGAAGUACAGAAGAUUGUACUGUGGGCCAACAAUUACAAGAUCCCAAUCUUUCCCAUAUCAAUUGGCAGAAACCUUGGAUACGGCGGUGCCGCGCCUCGCGUUCGAGGAUCGGUAGUCAUUGAUCUCGGUCGUCGCAUGAACAAAAUCCUCGACAUCAACCCCGUCGAUCAUACCUGUCUCGUGGAACCCGGUGUAACCUUUUAUGCUCUCUACGAAGAGAUCCAAAAACGGGGUUACAAGCAUCUCUGGAUCGAUUGUCCGGAUUUAGGUGGUGGUUCUGUGCUUGGAAAUACCUUGGAUCGUGGUAUUGGAUAUACUGUAUAUGGAGAUCAUUGGGCAUGUCAUUCUGGUCUCGAAGUCGUCCUUCCAACGGGUGAACUUAUUCGAACUGGCAUGGGUGCUAUGGCGAACAGCUCUAGCUGGCAGAUUUUUCCUUAUGGAUAUGGUCCAAUGGCUGAUGGUCUCUUCUCUCAGUCCAACUACGGUAUCGUCACCAAGCUCGGAAUGACCUUGAUGCCUAACCCUGGUGGCUAUGAGAGUUAUUUAUAUACCUUUCCUAAUGAGUCAGAUCUUGCGCCUCUCGUCGACAUCAUCCGCCCUCUCCGAAUCGGCAAUAUCCUCGAAAAUGUUGCCCAACUCAGACACGUUGUCCAAGCCAUCGCAUACAGUGGCAAGCCACGAAGCAGCUACUUCCAAGGGGAAGGCCAAAUGACCGACGAACUGGCCCGCGAAAUCGCGCGCAAGGAACUCAACUACGGCGACUUCACCUGGCUUUACUACGGCAUGUCAUACGGCCCGAAGGAGAUCCGCCAAUAUAAGCUGGACAUCAUCCACAAGGAAUUCUCGAAGAUCCCUGGAGCGCGACGCAUCGAUCCCGCUACUCUACCCAAGACAGACUAUUUCUGGUCUCGCGAUCGUAUUGCAGCUGGUAUCCCCGACCUCGAGGAACUACGAUGGGUAAAUUGGUACCCGAACGGUGGCCACAUCGCCUUCAGCCCUGUUUCACCUGUCCGUGGCCCCGACGCUACGGAGCUCUGGAGGAUUGCGCGCAGCCGAGCAGCCGAAUUCGGACAUGACAUAUUUCCUGCUUUCUGUGUUGGGCUACGAGAAAUGCAUCUGAUUGUGGAAUGUGUCUUUAAUCGCGAUGACCCGGAUUCGCGAAAGAAGGCUCUCGCCUGUAUGCGGGCUAUGAUUGAUGAGGCGGCUUCCAAGGGGUAUGGAGAGUACAGAACGCAUUUGGUGUUGAUGGAUCAGAUUGCAAAGACCUAUGAUUUCAAUGACCAUGCGUUGAUGAAGUUCAAUGAGCGAAUCAAGGAUACCCUGGACCCGAAUGGGAUUUUGGCGCCUGGAAAGUCUGGAGUGUGGCCUGCUCGGUAUCGGGGCCGUGGGUGGGAGAUGUCGGGAUUGAGUGACCGCAGUGAAGGAGAUGGUGUCGCUCGUGAUGCGGUGACUAGAUUGUAG